AUGUCUGCCCCACUUCGUGUUUUGGUCACCGGAGCCGCCGGUCAAAUCGGUUAUUCAAUUGUUAUCCGAAUUGCUGAUGGAACAGUCUUCGGAAAAGAUCAAGCUGUUCAAUUGGUUUUGUUGGAUGUUCCACAAUGUGCUACAGUUUUGGAAGGAGUCGUUUUCGAACUUCAAGAUUGCGCUUUGCCAACACUUCAUAGCGUUGAAGCUGUCACUGAUGUUCAACAAGCUUUCACUGGUGUCGAUUAUGCUUUCUUAGUUGGAGCUAUGCCAAGAAGAGAAGGAAUGGAACGCAAAGAUCUUUUGGCUGCCAAUGUUCGUAUUUUCAAGGCUCAAGGAAAAGCUUUGGCCGAUUUCGCCAAGCCAACCACCAAGGUAAGAUAAUUUUUGGGGUCAAUUUCGAGAAAUUCAAAAUUUCAAAAACACGUGACAAUGUUUUUUCAUCUCAAUUGAUAAAAUCAGAACUUUGUAGUCUUUCUAUCUCUCACUACUUUAAAAAAAAAAAAAAAAAAGUUUGCUGUGUGAAAACUGAUGUCAGAUAUUUGAACUGGAAUUUUUCUCUCUUUGAAACCAAUAAAAAUUGAAAGAAAAAUCAAGGUUGUUCGAUUUUUCUCGAAAAAAACUGUUAUUUUGAUUUCACCUUGUCCAUCAAAAAUUUCUAGGUCAUCGUUGUCGGAAACCCAGCCAACACCAAUGCUUUCAUUGCCGCCAAAUAUGCUGCUGGAAAAGUUCCAGCCAGAAACUUCUCAGCCAUGACUCGCCUCGAUCACAAUCGCGCUCUCGGACAAUUGGCUCUUAAAACCGGAACAACCAUCGGAGAUGUUAAGAAUGUUAUCAUUUGGGGAAAUCAUUCAAGCACCCAAUUCCCAGAUGUUACUCACGCAACAAUCAAAAAUCAACCAGCUGCAACUGUUGUAAAUGACAAUGCUUUCCUUCAAGGAGCAUUCAUUUCAACUGUUCAAAAGAGAGGAGCUGUUAUUAUUGAGAAGAGAAAGUUGUCAUCGGCAAUGUCGGCUGCUAAAGCUGCUUGUGAUCAUAUUCAUGAUUGGCAUUUUGGAACCAAGGCUGUAAGUUGAUUUAGGUUUGAAUUAACACGCGGAAAUCUAGUAUGGCUCUAGAACAGUGUAAGGGUAACUCUAGGGUAUUUUUAGCAGUCACCCUGAGAUCUUUAACCUCAGAAACCCUGGGAAACUCACGAACUUCACUUUGAGGCGAAAUAUAGUAAUUUUUGGAAUACGUUUAUUUUUUUUCAGAAUCGGAAAAGUCUACAUGAUCUUUUUUCGAAAUAAAUAAAUACAUUUCCAAAAAUUUUUUCUAAACAUCCACGUUUUAGUUCACGUUCAAAAAAUCCUCUCAAAAAAAAAAUUACAUUUUCAAAAUUUUGCAGGGAGAAUUUGUUUCAAUGGCUGUUCCAUCUGAUGGUUCUUACGGAAUCCCACAAGGACUCGUUUUCUCAUUCCCAGUCACAAUCGAUGCCGCCACAAAAGAAUGGAAAAUUGUCCAAGGAUUGACUUUUGAUGAUUUCGCCAAGGGAAAAAUUGCCGCCACAACCAAAGAAUUGGAAGAAGAACGCGAUGAUGCUCUCAAGGCUUGCGAUGAUGCUAGCAUCUAA